AUGCUCCCUGUCCUGAUGCUGGUGGUCAUGUUCUGGAGCACAGGUCUCCAGGCUGCAGUCACUGAUGAACCUCCAGGUUCUGAUGUGAGGUUGGUGGAUGAAGGAAGUCGCUGUGCUGGUAGAGUGGAGAUCAAACACCAGGAAGAGUGGAGACAACUGAACAGUUAUAUUUGGAAUGUAAAGCAAGCAGCUGUAUCUGUUAGGCUUGUGGAGGGAGCUGGUCUGUGCUCUGGAAGAGUGGAGGUGAGGUCUGAUCAGUCGUGGGUCUCAGUGUGUGAAGCUGACUUUGACAGGCUGGAUGCAGAGGUGGUCUGUCGGGAGCUUGGCUGUGGGCCUCCUUCAGCCCUCCAGGGGGCGCUCUAUGGAGAAGGGAAAGGUCCACUCUGGGAUAAAGAGUUCCAGUGUGGAGGCACGGAGUCCCAUCUCCUGGACUGUGACACCUCAGACUCAGCAAGAAACACCUGCUCACCUGACAGUGCUGUUGGACUCACCUGCAUUUCAGAUGUGAGGUUGGUGGAUGGAGGUAGUCGCUGUGCUGGUAGAAGUGAGAUCAAACACCAGGAAGAGUGGAGACGACCGAACAGUGGGUAUAAAUGGAACAUGAAGCAAGCAGCUGUAGUUUGCAGACAGCUGGACUGUGGGUCUACCUGGAGCAUUAAGCAUGCAGCUAUAGUGUGCAGACAGCUGGACUGUGGAUCUGCUGUUUCAACAAAAGUUUAUGAUGGUGAUGUAGAUCGUCCUGCAUGGUGGCUUGAAUCUGACUGUGCUGGGACUGAGUCUGCUCUGGGGGAGUGUGGAUACGUGAGCGAAGGAUUCAACACUUCCUCUAUUGUAGAAGUGAUCUGCUCAGAGUCUGUGAGGCUUGUGGAGGGAGCUGGUCUGUGCUCUGGCAGAGUGGAGGUGAGGUCUGGUCAGUCGUGGGUCUCAGUGUGUGAAGCUGACUUUGACAGGCUGGAUGCAGAGGUGGUCUGUCGGGAGCUUGGCUGUGGGCCUCCUUCAGCCCUCCAGGGGGCGCUCUAUGGAGAAGGGAAAGGUCCACUCUGGGAUAAAGAGUUCCAGUGUGGAGGCAAGGAGUCCCGUCUCCUGGACUGUGACACCUCAGACUCAGCAAGAAACACCUCCUCACCUGGCAGUGCUGUUGGACUCACCUGCUCAGUGCAAGAUGUGAGGUUGGUGGAUGGAGGUAGUUGCUGUGCUGGUAGAGUGGAGAUCAAACACCAGGAAGAGUGGAGACAGCUGUACAGUAGGUUUACCUGGAACAUGAAGACUGCAGCUGUAGUGUGCAGACAGCUGGACUGUGGAUCUGCUGUUACAACAAGAGGUUAUGAUGGUGAUGAAAAUCGUCCUGUAUGGGAGUUUGAAUCUGACUGUGCUGGGACUGAGUCUGCUCUGUGGGAUUGUGGACAUGUGAGGGAAGGAGUCAACACUUCCUAUAUGGUAGAAGUGAUCUGCUCAGAUCUCCUGUUCCAGCCUGGUAUCUCCCUGUCUUCCUCCAUGCUGGGGGUCUCCCAGGACCAGCAGCAGGGGCUGCAGGUGUUCAGGGACCACAGCUUCACCAUCACCUGCUCCAUCCAGCCACAGUACCCAGGAGGCUCCUUCCACCUCACCUUCACUGGCUCCAACACAACCCUGAGACACACCCUCACAGCUGUCAAUCACUCUGCCAACUUCCUGUUUCCUGCUGCAGACCACGCCCACCAAGGGAACUACAGCUGUGUUUAUGAAGUUUACGUUUUCUCUCAUAACUUCACCUCUGAGAGUGAGCUCCUCUCUCUCACUGUUGCAGCCAAUCCUCUGCCAGCUUUCAUAAUCAGAGUGGUGGUGUUGCUGACUCUGCUGACGCCCAGCACUGCCCUCUAUCUGUACUUUAAGACCCCCAGGAAGCCUACAGAGAGGGGGAGCAUGGAGCUGGUCUCUCUGCAUUCCAGUUCUGAAGCUGGGCCAGGAGAGGAGAGAGCAGCCCAGAGGAUGGAGCAGGAGGAGAGUGCUGUCUAGACGCUGAUCUAAGGUCAGUCAUGGAGUCCCUGGCAAUUGAGACUGACAGCACUGAGGGAAGCUAGUCUGAUCCUAGAUCCGGGAGAGACUGUCCUCUAUAUUUAUCAUGAGCUUUCCUAUGAUUUAAGCAGCUUUUGUUUGUGUAAUUGUUUCAUAGCUUUUUUUGUGAAUGUUUUUACAAGUGUCAAAGAGACAGCAGUUGACAUGUAAUAAAUAGGUUCAGGAAACGAUUUUUAGAAUAUCCUUGGAGUUGUUUUUUUACUGAGAAAGUUCUUCCUGUAAUAAUGAGUGUUUCAACUGAGAAAGUAUUUCCUGUAAUAAUGAGUAUUUCCACUGAGAAAGUACUUCCUGUAAUAAUGAGUGUUUCCACUGAGAAAGUACUUCCUGUAAUAAUAAUGAGUGUUUCAACUGAGAAAGUACUUCCUGUAAUAAUGAGUGUUUCCACUGAGAAAGUAUUUCUUGUAAUAAUGAGUGUUUCAACUGAGAAAGUACUUCCUGUAGUAAUGAGUGUUUCAACUGAGAAAGUACUUCCUGUAAUAAUGAGUGUUUUCACUGGGGCGCAGUCCUCUACAUGCUGUGACUUGACACCUGGAAGUAGGGAUGGGCAAACAAUGCCUUGUGAAGCUUUGGUGGUUUCUUCCGGAUUGUGCAGGGCCAAAGAGCCGAACUAACGGCUCAUUGAAAAUGAACAGCGUCAUCUAGCAGCCGUUUAAACUGGCUGAAUGAGGCAUAGUGGUUGUCUCUGACGGUAGACUACCCCAAGUUAUUUAAUAUUUUGAUUAAGGCUACAUGUGGUCAUUUUGAUCUGAUAUUAGUGCUCUCAGAUUAAAAUGUUGCGAUACAUCUGUGGCCGUUAGAAUUGUGUCAUUUUCUUACAGUAAAAGUUAAAUAUCUUCCGAAGUUCCCUUCACUGGGGCGCGAUUUAACUAGAUUACACUGAUUUUUUCUUAUUCUUAACAUUUGUGAUAUGUAGGCCUAUUGUGAACUGGGGGACUUUAUCUUUACUAAUUAUUAUAACUGUUGACAAUGUUGACGAAUCAUCAACAUUUUCUGGGCACUGUAUAGACCUACCUAGUCCUAUCAUGUU